CAUGAUAAGUGGAAACAAAGAGAGAGAACCUAUGCUUUCAUCAAUGCAAUGCCUUCUUCAAACCUCUCUCUCAUAUUAACACUUCUACCACUUAUCACCAUCAUCACCACCACCGCCACCGCCGCCGCCACCACCAACACCCCUCUUUACUUCAAAGAAGCACCCAAAUUCUACAACUCACCAAACUGUCCAUCAACUCAUGACACUUGUUCCAACAAUGUAGUCCAUGUCGCCAUGACCCUCGACGCCGCCUACCUCCGCGGCUCCAUGGCGGCGAUCCUCUCGGUCCUCCAACACUCCUCCUGCCCCGAAAACAUCCGGUUCCAUUUCGUAGCAUCCGCAUCCGCCCACACGGACAACAUCCAACUUAUUAUAUCAACCUCUUUCCCCUACCUCCAAUUCAACGUCUACAGAUUCGACGAUUCAGCGGUCUUAGGCUUAAUAUCAACCUCAAUUCGAACAGCACUCGACUGCCCGUUAAACUACGCGCGAAACUACCUAGCGGACCUCCUCCCAACAUGUGUUAAAAGGGUGGUUUACCUAGAUUCCGACCUAGUACUUGUGGACGACAUUGCUAAGCUUGCCGCGACACCGUUUGAAGACGAGGAAGGUGUAAAAGUACUCGCGGCACCCGAAUACUGCAACGCGAACUUCACCUCAUACUUCACACCAACUUUCUGGUCGAACCCUUCGCUAUCUAUGACAUUUUCUGACCGUAACGCGUGUUAUUUCAACACGGGGGUGAUGGUGAUUGAUUUAAUAAGAUGGCGGGAAGGCCGGUACACGACGAAGAUUAUAGAAUGGAUGGAGCUGCAGAAGAGGAUGAGGAUAUACGAAUUGGGGUCGUUACCGCCUUUUUUGCUAGAGUUUGCCGGGAAAAUAGCUCCGGUGGAUCAUAGAUGGAACCAACAUGGGUUAGGUGGUGAUAAUUUUGAAGGGCUUUGCCGGGAUUUGCAUCCCGGACCGGUGAGUUUGUUGCAUUGGAGCGGGAAGGGGAAGCCGUGGGUGAGACUAGAUGAGAAUAGAGCUUGUCCCUUGGAUGUGCUUUGGGCGCCUUAUGAUCUUUUGCAAACUUCAAAUGUUCUUGAAUCUUGAGGUAAAAGGGGUUUUCAGGGUUGUGGUAGACGUACCCAUCGUUGUUUUUACUGAAUGUAUACACACCCUUCUUCUGCUCUAAAGCAGUCCCGUCGUUUCUUUACUUUUACUGAUAGAAGGGUGCAUUCAGCAUAUCGGGGUACGUUUAGCGAUAUCUGCUUUUAAUAUAUAUGUGUAUGUAUUUGUAUACGUGUAUGUAUAUACAUGUAAAAUAUAUACAUAUAUAUAUUGUACUUUUAUUCGAUCCGUUGAUGACUUUUAAAUAUGUACUAGUCUGAGAGAUCGUCAAUAUAUACAACUAUACAUACUAGAUUUUGGUCCCUUUUGCUAGUUUGGUAUCUGUAGCUUGUAACAAAUAUCAAGAAAUAAUCCAUGUUGUAAAAAUAUGAAGUCAAAAUGUAAUAUCUCUUUCAAUCA